AUGGACUGGUAUUCUUGGUUAUCAAAGACUGCCCUUGAGCCUUCUCUUGUUUAUGAAUAUGGCCUUCUUUUUUCUCACAAUGAGCUUCAGAAGGAGGAUUUAGCCUAUUUCAGCCAUGAGUUUCUUCAGAGCAUGGGAAUUUCAGUUGCUAAGCAUAGGCUGGAGAUUCUCAAGGUUGCUAGGAAGGAAAUUGGGGAACCCCCUAAGAGCUUGUCCAAGCUCCUUUUAGCAAUUAACAAAACAAGAAAGUGUUUCAACAAGUAUGUCAACAAGUUGGUUCAUCAUGAUAACAACGUGAUUAAACCGUUGCCAGGGCCAGAGCCGGUUCGUCAUCAAGAUCAGCGGAGACUAGCGGUGGCGUUGUCACGGAAAGGUAGCAAGAACGAGAGGGAGGUGAAGAUAGAGCAGCCGAUGGGCCCUUAG